AUGGGUAAGGCAGCAGCAGCUGCUGCUGCUGCAGCAGCAGCAGCAGCACGUGCUGCAGCAACAGCAGCAGUCUCCCUCCCUCGUGCUGGUUGGUCUGCCUUCUCUCCUUGUGGCACAUUUUUUGCUUCUGCUGCUAACCCCACAGUGCAGCAGCAGCAGCAGCAGCAAUAUGACACCCGUGGUUUGCUGCCUCGCAGCACAAUACGUGUAUGGCGCUGCAGCAGCACUGCUGAUGCUGAACGCAGCAGCAGCAACAGCAGCAGCAGCAGCAGCAGCAGCAGCAGCAGGGAAGCAGCAAUUGAAUCCUUAGAGUUUCAACGUCAGUUCUUGGGGCAGUCAAUAACCCAGGUAACAUUUGUUAACGUCAGCAGCAGCAGCAGCAGCAGCAGCAGCAGCAGCAGGUUGCUGCUGGUGUUGGGUACUGAAUCAGGGAUGGUUGCUGCACUAGACAGCAGCAACGAUUGGUGUCUCCUUUUCUCUAUACAUUUAAAUUUAUCAGCAGCAGCAGCAGCAGCAGCAGAGGAAGAUGAGGCAGCAGCAACAGCAGCAGCAGCUGUUGCAGGCAGUGGUGAUAGUGCUGCUGUACGUGCUCUUGUACCUAUCCCAUGCAGCAACAGCAGCAGCAGCAGCAGCAGCAGCAGCAGCAGCAGCGAGCUGCUCGUGCUGCUGCGCAGGGGCCCCACUGUCUCCUCCCUGCUAGUUAUUGAUUUGCUGCAGCAGGGGCAGCUGCUGCGCUCCUCUGAUGUAGGGCGUGGGUUUACGCAUGCGUUGCUGCUGCAGCAGCAGCAGCAGCAGCAGGAUGAGGAGGGAGAGGGAGGGCAGCGACAGUUGGUGCUGCUAAGCAGCAGCAGCAGCAGCAGCAGCAACAGCAGCAGCAACUUGGUCCUAUUUGAUAUGGAUAGGCAGCAACUUGUUGCUAAGCUGCAGGGAGGCAGCGCAGCAUUUGCUGCUGUUGCUGCUGAUGCUGCAGCAGGAAUUGUUGCUGCUGUAUGCAGCAAGACAGUGCAUGCAGAGCAGCAGCAGCAAGUUGCUGUAUGGAGACUGCCGCAGCACAUAUUCAGCAGCAGCAGCAGCGACAGCAGCAGCAGCAGCAGCAGCAGCAAGAAGCUAAAAAUUCCUAUGUGGGGUGUCCUUGCUUAUCAUCAGCGGCUGCUGCAGCCAACCUUCCUCAGGUGCAGCAGCAGCAGCAGCAGCAGCAGCACUGCUGCAGCAGCGGGAAGCGAUGGGAAGCAGCAGCAGCAGCAACAACAGCAGCAGUUGCUGCUAGUCUGCCUAACAGAUCAGCAGCAGCUAGUUGCUUGGCGUCUAGACACCGCAGCUGCUGCAGUGCCUUCGCUGCCGCAGCAGCGUAUAGACACAAGACUAGCAGCAGCAGCAGCAGCAGCAGCAGGGGAUAAUGAAGGUGUUUUCUAUAUACAGCAGCAGCAGCAGCAGCAGCAGCAGCAGCACGAGCAGCAGCAGCAGCAGCAGGAAGGGUUAUAUGUAGCAAGAGGAGGUCUAGUAGACCCCUUAUGCCAUAUUGCCCAGCUAAAGGAUGCAGCAACAGCAGCAGCAGCAGCAGCAGCAGGAGCAGCAGCAGGUUUACAGCUGGUGCUUCCUCUACCAACAACAGGCAGCAGCAGCAGCAGCAGCAGACGUUGCAUGCAGGAAGUUGCUGCAUUAACAUUAGAAGAAGAUCAGCAGCAGCAGCAGCAAUCCCGACGCAGUGGCAGCAGCAGCAGCAGCAAAGAAUCCGCAGCAGCAGCAGCAGCAGCAGCAGAAGCAAUAUUACCAACAGACAUAGCAAUAAAAUCCUUAAAACGUGCAGCAGCAAGCAGCAGCAGCAGCAGCAGCAGCAGCAUGGAUAAUGAAUCAAUAAAGAAGCAACGUCAAGAAGCAGCAGCAGCAUCAGCAGCAGCAGCAUCCCAAGACAGCAACAGCAACAGCAACAGCAGCAGCAGCAGCAGCAGCAGCAGCAACGUUGCAUGCGUGCUGCGUCAGGCACUAAUUACAGCAGAUAUAAGCCUAUUAGAGACAAUAUUAUCCAGGGGACAAUUAAAAAGGAGACAAUUAGCAGCAGCAGCAGCAGAACUGUCUCCUUUGCAUGCAUUAAGUUUGCUGCAGUUAUUAGUGCAGCAGCAGCAGCAAAAACCUAGCAGCAGCAUAAUAAAGGGACAAUGGAUAGAUGAGAUAAUUAAGCAGCAUGCCCCCUCUCUUGCAUGCAGCCCCGAUGGUAGACAGCAGCUACUGCUGCUGCUGCAGCAACUGCAGCAAAGAAGGAAGGUAGAGGCAGCACUUGUAUCUAUUAAGGGGAGACUCGAGCUGCUGCUGCUGCACAUGCAAAGGAGACAGCAGCAGCAGCAGCAAACUAAUAAAACUAAACAAGAUGCUAUUCAUCCUCUUAUUGAGCAUAUAGAGACACCAUAA